UUAUCCGACUCUGUUCUGUUUUACAAGGGUUUUUCUGAGGAAGAACCGCCGCCGCCGUCUCGUCUUUUUAUCCCGCCAUACGGCCACAAUCUCGUGAUUCCCUCCUUCCCAUUGCGUGUCUACUUCUUUCUUCCUCGUGAGCUCCGGCCUUCAUCCGGCAGUCGCUUCUACUUCAGUUUUGGUUGAAGGGAACUCAGUGAGGUUCUCUAUCGGCAGGCAUCGCAGGCGACGGGGUGACAGUCGUUCCGCCUCUCCUAUUCUCAGAUUGAAAGCGAAAGCAAGCAGCGGAGGCGCUGCUUCUUAUUUGGUAGUACAUGGCGGCUGGCAAGAGAAAACAUGCUGGAGAGAAAGAAAGUGUCGACAGAGAUCCUUCCAGAAAGUUCAAGAAGGCAGGGAUCAACCUUUCCUCUCCCUCGAAGACGCCGUCCUCCGUUAUCAUGGAAGAUGCUGACCUUGAUUUUCCCAGAGGUGGAGGGAGAGUCCUAAGUCGGGAAGAGGAGGCAGAGGCUCGUGCAGAAGCAGAAGCUGAAUUUGAAAGGGAGGAAAGUAGUGGAAGGAAGGGGAAAGGUAAUCUGAGAAAGAAGGGGCUGAGGGGAUCACUAACAAACGUGCAAGAUGAUUUGGGUUUUCUUUCCGGAGAUGGUAUCACUGGGAAGCUGCCCAGGUUUGCUAAUCGAAUAACAUUAAAGAAUAUUUCUCCUAGAAUGAAGCUAUGGGGUAUUGUUGUUGAAGUAAAUAAAAAGGACCUUGCAAUCAGUCUUCCUGGGGGAUUGAGAGGGUUUGUUCGGGCAGAACAAACAACAGAUAUGCUUGCAGCUUCUGAAAUCAAGGACUCUGAAGGUUGUAUGCUGUCCAGCAUAUUUCAUGUUGGGCAACUUGUAGCUUGUUUUGUCGUGCAAGUGGAUGAUGAGAAGGAUGGAAAAGGAAAUAAAAGAAUUUGGUUGUCACUCCGCCUGAGUUUGUUGUACAAAGGCCUCACUCUCGAUGCAGUUCAAGAUGGAAUGGUCUUGAAUGCUCAAGUAAAGAGCAUGGAGGAUCAUGGCUACAUUAUCUAUUUUGGAGUCUCAUCUGUUACUGGAUUUUUGCCAAGGAAUCAAAAUGAUAAUCAACUUACGGCAGGACAAUUUAUACAGUGUUGUGUUAAAAGCAUUGACAAAGAUCGAGCUGUUCUCUAUGUUGAUUCUGAUCCUGGCGUGGUCGCAAAACAUGUUGUUAAAGAUCUUAAAGGACUCUCAAUUGACCUAUUGGUUCCAGGCAUGAUGGUUAAUGCUCGAGUGACUUCUGUUCUUGAUAAUGGAAUAAUGCUAUCAUUUCUUACAUACUUCACUGGAACUGUUGAUAUGUUCCAUUUAGAGAAUGCUUUCCAAAGUGGAACAUGGAAAGACAACUAUGCUCAGAACAAAAAGGUGAUUGCUCGAAUAUUGUUUGUUGAUCCAUCAACUAGGGCUGUUGGAUUGACCUUGAAUAAGUUUCUCGUGGAUAACAUUGCUCCACCAGCUUAUGUUAAAACUGGAGAAAUUUAUGAAAAUUCACAAAUAUUGAGGGUUGAUAAGGGGCUUGGAUUGCUUUUGGAGAUACCUUCUUCUCCUUCACCUUCACCAGCAUAUGUCAAUACAUUUGAUGCUUCUGAUAAAACCUUCAAACUGGAGAAAAAUUUCAAGGAAGGUGAUAAUGUUCGUGUUCGCAUUCUUGGUAUGAAACAUCUUGAAGGAUUGGCAAUUGGUACUUUGAAGGCUAGUGCUUUUGAAGGGCCUAUUUUCACACACUCAGAUGUAAAGCCAGGAAUGUUGGUGAAAGCCAAAGUGAUUAGUGUUGGAAACUUUGAUGCACUUGUGCAGUUAUCAAGUGGCAUAAAAGUUCUUUGCCCUCUCCGGCACAUGUCAGAGCUAGACAUUGCAAAGCCACCAAAAAAAUUCAAGGUUGGAGCUGAAUUACUCUUUCGCGUGCUCGGUUGUAAGCACAAGAAAAUUACUGUUACCUACAAGAAAUCACUAGUUAAAUCCAAGCUUAACGUGGUAUCGUCAUAUGCUGAUGCAACUGAAGGACUUCUUACACAUGGAUGGAUUUGCAAAAUUGAAAAGCACGGAUGCUUUGUAAGGUUUUAUAAUGGUGUUCAGGGUUUUGCCCCCAGAUCUGAGCUUGGGUUGGUGCCUGGAAUUGAAGCUGAUUCUGUUUUUCACGUUGGGCAAGUGGUCAAGUGUAGAAUAACAAGUAUAGCUUCUUCAAGAAGAAUUAACCUUAGUUUCAUCACAUCCUCUACAAGGGCUCCUAACAGUGACACGGUCAAGGUGGGUUGUAUUGUCUCUGGUGUUGUUACAAAUUUGACUCCCACAGCAGUUAUUGUUAAUUUGAAGGAUGGCCACAUGAAGGGGACAAUUUUUAAUGAGCAUUUAGCAGACCAUGAAGGGCAUGUUACUUUGCUCAGAUCAUUAUUGAAGCCAGGGUAUGAAUUUGAUCAGCUUCUGGCACUAGAUUAUGAAGGUGCAAAUUUGAUCCUUUCAGCUAAACACUCUCUUGUUAGUUCUGCGAAUGAGAUCCCUUCAGAUCUUUCUCAGAUCCAUCCUCUAACUUCAUUAUUUGGCUAUAUCUGCAACAUAAUUGAAAGUGGCUGUUUUGUCCGAUUUCUUGGACGUUUGACUGGAUUCGCUCCAAAAAAUAUGGCGACCGACAGAAUGGUUGACAACUUGUCAGAUGCUUUCUUUGUUGGGCAAGCUGUGAAUUGUCACAUUCUUAAGGUGAAUAGUGAAGCCAAACGAAUAAAGCUUUCCUUGAAGCAGUCUCUGUGUGCAUCACCUGGCAUUUCAUACGUUCAAGGUUAUUUUCUUGAGGAAGAUAAGAUAGCUGGGAUGCAGAUAUCUAAUGUCAAAGAUCUUGAUGUGAACUGGUUGAAGGAUUUUAGAAUUGGCAGCUUGGUUGAGGGUGAGAUUCAAGAGAUAAAAGAAUUGGGUGCUGUAAUUGGCUUAAAAAAUCAUCGUGACAUUGUUGGAUUUUUGGCACACAAGCAAUCGGGGGGUGCCAAUUUGGAAGUUGGUUCUGUAGUUAAUGCCUUGGUUCUGGACAUAGCUAAAGUUGAUGGAAUUGUCGAUUUAUCCCUUAAACCAGAACUUGUCCACAGUGCUUCUGGUGAAAAUAAAAAGAAGCGACACAGGAGUGCAUCUACAGACUUAGAGCUACACCAAGUAGUGAAUGCAGUCGUUGAAAUGGUAAAAGAAAACUAUUUGGUUCUUUCUGUUCCAGAAUACAAUAAUGCUAUUGGGUUUGCGUCAAUAACUGAUUACAACAUUCAAAAGCUUCCUCACAAGCUUUUUGAAUAUGGACAAAGUGUUAUUGCUACUGUUGGGGAGGUUCCAAGCUCUGAAUCCUCUGGAAGGCUUCUAUUGUUUCUUAAUUCUUUUACUGAUGGCUUGAAGAAUUCCAACUCUAAAAGAGCGAAGAAAAAUACUCGCUACACUUUAGGAUCACUUGUUGAAGCUGAGGUUAUUGAAAUAAAGCCUUUGGAACUUCUUUUGAAAUUUGGUUAUUCAUUACAUGGGAGAAUCCAUAUAUCUGAGGUAUUUGAUAAUGGAGAGUGUAUGGAAAAUCCUUUUGCCAAAUUUAGUGUUGGACAGUUACUUAAUGCCAGAGUUGUUGCAAUACCUGGACAUUCAGGAAAAGGCACAAAAGGGCAUAGCUGGGAAUUGUCAAUUAAACCCUCAGUCAUGGCUUUUAUAGGAAGCACGGAGAAUUUCACCACUCACGUCGAGGAGCAGUUUAACUUCUCAGCUGGAAGAAGCGUUACUGGAUAUGUUGUCAAGGUGGACCCUGAGUGGGUUUGGUUAACUGUGUCUCGAUCUGUUAUGGCCAAUAUGUAUAUCCUCAAUAGUUCUUCCGAACCCAUUGAGCUUGAAAAUUUUCAGCAUCGUUAUAGUGUUGGCCAAGCCGUCAGUGGUCACAUCUUAGAUAUAAAUGAAGAAAAAAAAUUGUUGCAAUUGGCAGCAUAUCCAUCUUUUGAUUUUGAUAUAGUUAAAGCUCAUGAGACUGAUAGUCAAAAACCUCGACAUGCUGUCCAACAAUAUCGUCAAGGUGAUAUAGUGGUUGGUAGAAUCAAAAAGAUUCUUCCUGCUGUUGGUGGAGUUCUUGUACAGAUAGGUCCUCAUCUAUUUGGAAGGGUUCACUAUACUGAACUUGUGGAUGACUGGCUUCCUCUUCCGCUAUGUGGCUAUCAAGAAGGGCAGUUUGUUAAGUGCAAGAUUCUUGAGAUGGGCCAUUCAUCGGAGGGACCUCUGCAUGUUGAUUUAUCUCUUCGUGCUUCAAUUACAACGAACCAGCAUGAUCAAAGUUUGGUUUCGUGCAGUAAGAGAUAUGAAAAGAUUGACGAUAUUCAUCCUGGCAUGAAUAUUCAGGGUUAUGUUAAGAACAUCACAAAAAAGGGUUGUUUCAUUUCUCUUUCUAAAGUGAUGGACGCAAGGAUACUUUUGUGUAAUUUGUCAGAUGAUUUCAUUGACAAUCCUGAAAAGGAAUUUCCUGUUGGAAAGCUUCUACAUGCUAAAGUACUGUCAGUGGAACCAUCUUUGAAAAGAAUUGAAGCUACAUUGAAAAUUGGGGAGACUGAAACAAUAAAAAGUCUUCAUGUAGGUGAUAUUAUUACUGGCAAGAUCAGGCGCGUCGAGUCUUUUGGACUUUUUAUUGCUAUUGAUGAGAGCAAUAAAGUUGGUUUAUGUCAUAUAUCAAAAUUAUCAGAUGGGCAUAUUGAUAACAUUGAACAGAUUUAUAAAACUGGUGAUACAGUAUCGGCAAAGAUUUUGAAGAUUGAUGAAGAAAGGCAGAGAAUAUCCCUAGGGAUGAAAAAAUCCUACUUGGAGGAUGGUGGUAGUAUUGACAGGAAUGUUGACGUAGAAGCUGACCGUAAGGAUGAUCACCAGAAUGGUGCUUCAUCCAUUGAUAAUCCAUUUCUUGAAUUGCAGCAUAGUGAGGACAUAGCUGAUGGUGGCCCUGAGAUUCUUGCACAGCCAGGAAAAAAUACUUCUAUUCUUCCGCUUCAGGUUUCUCUGGAAGAAUCAGAGGAUUCUGAUGUAGAUAAUCUUGAGAUUGUCAACAAGGAUGAUGUCAAUGACAAUGGUCAGUUUAACAAAAAGGACAGACGGGCAAAAAAGAAGGCCGAGGAGGAAAAGGAGCUUGAAAUUAGUGCUUCUGAGGAAAGACACCUGCAGAAUGACAUUCCAAUGACAGAAGAUGAAUUUGAGAAAUUGGUUAGGAGCUCACCAAAUAGUAGUUUUGUCUGGAUAAACUACAUGGCUUUUAUGCUUAGACUUGCAGAUAUUAAGAAAGCACGUGACAUCGCUGAGAGGGCUCUGAAUACAAUAAAUAUUAGAGAGGAAGGGGAAAAAUUCAAUGUUUGGGUAGCAUAUUUAAACUUGGAAAAUGAAUACGGAAACCCGCCAGAGGUGGCCGUGAAGGAAGUAUUUCAGAGAGCAUUGCAGUAUUGUGACCCUAAAAAGCUGUAUCUAGCUCUAUUAGGAGUGUAUGAGAGAACCAAACAACAAAAUCCUGCAGAGGAGCUCCUUGAAAGAAUGACGAAAAAGUUCAAGCAAUCAUGCAAGGUUUGGUUGCGCCGCAUUCAAAAUUUUUUGAUGAAUAAUAAGGAUGAAACUAAGUUAAUAGUAAACCGCGCUCUUUUAAGUCUCCCACGGAAAAAACAUAUUAAGUUUAUUUCUCAAACUGCUCUGUUGGAAUUCAAAUCUGGUCAACCAGAUCGAGGUCGGUCAUUGCUUGAAUCUAUUUUGCGAGAAUAUCCCAAGAGAACUGACCUUUGGAGCAUUUACCUUGAUCAGGAGAUCCGUUUGGGUGAUACAGAAGUAAUCCGUGCCUUAUUUGAGCGGGUGACGUGUUUGAGUCUCCCUCCUAAGAAAAUGAAGUUCCUCUUCAAGAAGUAUCUGGAGUAUGAAAAAGCCCAUGGCGACGAAGAAACAAUGGAACAUGUCAAGAGAAGAGCACUGGAAUAUGUCGAGAGCUCUCUGGCCUGAUCUGUUAUGAAACUUGAAUCGGAGCACUUCCAAACCUGUGCCUCUUGUUGUGCUAGACCAAUGCCUGGUUCCUUGACGAAAGGGAACUUGAAAUCCAGCCUAUGGGACGAAAGCGGGGCAUUCUCUGUUUUUUCCUGCUAAACACUAGUGAAUAUCUUUGCAAUAGUUGAAACUUAGAUUUGUAUAUGCACAGUUUUGCUAUGCAAAGAUUGUUGUCACGUGUGAAGUUGAUGGUUCAUAAACAUCAUCUUUUAGACAACAAUUCUGAUGGGUUCUCCAUCAGAAAAUUUUUGUUAUCCCUAGCUAUUGAUUAAUUAUUCCGGCCAUUACUAGUGAAUACCUUUUGAACUCUAAGCCCUCCUUGAAGCCUUUAACAUAUAGUUGAGCUUUGUAUUUGAUCAAUGUGCUAUCAUGUCUAUUCAAUUUGAAUGCCCAUUUAUUCUUUGGAGUUA